AGCUCGUCUGAAAUUCCCCCGAGUGUACUCGAUAGUGAAGCGAGUGAGUAUUUCCAAUCUGAUCAGCUGAUUUUGACAUUCGUGACAUCAUCAAAACUCCACCACCGGCGAAUUUUCCUCCCCGAAGCGACCUGCGCACUUCCUCUACUUUCAGACAAAAGCUCCCUCAACAAUGACCAAGAAAAUAAGCGAAAAUCAAGCUAUGGUAAUUCCGGUGUUCCGGUGCAAUGUGAUUACCCGUCAUUAAAAACAGACAGUGGCAAGAUGUCGGGUGGUCCACGGGCCAGGACUUCGCCGCUGAGGGCCACCGUGCCCUUGUCGUGCGUCACAAAAGUUUGUGCGAUGGAUAAGAACGGAACGGUUGCAGGUGGAAAGGACUCCAAGGGGGCUGCCAUUCGAAGGACGGCGUCUUUGGACGCGAUACACAGGCGGUUGGUAGCGAGAGACAGGCCUGUCCCCGUUCCAGCCCCCGUUCAAACCGACAGGGCUAGCAGUUUAGACUCGUUGCAGGCCUUGGUAGACGCGGUGGAAGACAAGGGGGCCAAAGUGGGGCCGAAGACGAGGAGGGACGACAAGGGGGCACAGAGUAGGAGCCUUCCUUCUCCGAUUGCGAAAAGUUCAGUGGUUGUUCCUCCGAAAUCGUCGCGAAAUUCCGAAGAAGGUCUGAAUCAAGAACUCGAACUUUAUGCCAAUGCGGAGACCUUCGAAUGUGAUAGAUUACAAGAACCGAUACCUGAAGGACGAAAAGCCCCCGUAGCCGAACUGAUAAGGGAAGGACCAUAUUCGAGAAUAUAUCAACCAACCAAUCAGAAUUCAUCAGAUUCGCCAUUGAGGGACUCUGUAUCGCCGGUUCCAAGUUUUUUGGACACGCCGCAUAGCGAAACAGAAGACAGUCAAGGUUCGAGUCCGGACCAAGAACGCAUCCUGUCAGGUUCUUCGCCCCAAAUCAACCGUUUUUCGUCGAGUGCGCCCCCUGACGGAUGCGAAUGCGUGCUAUCGAAAUCAGUACCUAUAUUACGACCGAUACCUCGGGAAGUCGUCACGUCGCAUCCCAACACCUCAUUCACGCUCAAACCAAGUUCACAUUCGGCUUUCGAGAGUCUGCAACAAACAUCCAAAGACACCUCCGACAGAGAUUCACCAAAAGUGCCCGACCAAGAGGACCCAUAGAUGUUCGAUCAGAGUUUCAGAUCGUUGAAGUUGACGAGACUGUUAAGACAGUCUGAAAGUAAUUUUUAUGUUUUUAUAGUUAAGUCUGCUCUUGGUAGAAUCUCGCUUUUUAAGUUUGUCUCAAACAAAGGCUGUGGAGAUGAAGGAUUGUGUAAUUUUAAGUGUUUUGCCAAAUUGCAUUAUUUUGAAAAUAAAAUUGUUUAGAAUUUAAACGACUGAGUAAUUUUAAUUGGGACGAUCUGAAAUUCAGUUCACAGCAAUGACACAUUCCAGAGUGAACUGUUUAAUAAAACGCUGUGAUUCUUUUUAUAAUGGCAGAAAUGAUUUGAUCAAAGUUGUUUUUAUGUAGAAAUUUUCUAACCUAGAAUUGAUUGUUACCUUCUUGUUAUUUAAAGCAUUCUCGUGUAUGUACAAACAUAUCUAAUAAACAGACCGACAGCA